AUGGCGACUUUUGCACGGCCCGUCGCAUCCUCCAUCGGGGGGAUCGACUUUGGUGUUUUCUCCGACGAUGAGAUAAAGGCGAUCUCGGUGAAGCGCAUUCACAAUACGCCGACCUUGGAUUCGUUCAACAAUCCUGUUCCUGGCGGUCUCUAUGAUCCGGCUCUAGGUGCUUGGGGCGAUCAUGUCUGCACUACAUGUCGUAUGAACUCCUGGUCCUGUCCAGGGCAUCCCGGACAUAUCGAGCUGCCCGUACAUGUUUACAAUGUGACGUUUUUCGAUCAAAUGUAUCGCCUCCUCAGGGCUCAAUGCGUGUACUGCCACCGUCUGCAAUUGGCCCGAGUUCAGAUCAACGCCUACGUUUGUAAACUGCGCCUUCUGCAAUACGGACUGGUCGAGGAGGUCGCUGUCAUAGACUCGAUGUCAUUAAAAAAGACCGGAGGCAAGUCGGGUAAGGAUGAGGAGGAAUCCGGCAGCGAAGACGAAGAUGCCGACGACCUGAUGGAGCGAAGAAAUGCGUUCGUCAAGCGGUGCAUUCGUCAAGCGCAAGCGCAGGGCAAGACACAAGGCUUGCUGGCAGGUGCUAAAAAUCCUGUCGCUGCUGAGUACCGGCGAGCCUUGAUCAAGGAAUUCUUCAAGGACAUCGUUUCUGUGAAGAAAUGCACAAAUUGCAGCGGCAUUUCUCCAAGCUACCGGAAGGAUCGCUUCUCAAAAAUAUUUAGGAAACCUCUUCCCGAAAAGUCUAAACAGGCAAUGAGACAAGCCGGGUUCCAUGCGCCAAACUCCCUAAUUCUCCUCCAACAGGCGAAACAGCUUACCAGCAAGCAUAAAGAAUCUCUCAAGAAUGGUAUGAUGAAUGGUGCUUCAGAGGACGAUAAUGCCAGCACAACGACCGAGCUACAUGGGGCGGAAGAAGAAGUUGCUCGUGGGAACGCCUUGGUGGCCCAGGUGGAGGAGAGCAGAUCUGCAAAAGGGGAUACAGCUGGAGAAGGCCAGCAGUACAUGCCUUCUCCAGAAGUUCAUGCUGCAAUGACUCUGCUGUUCGAGAAAGAGGGAGAAGUGCUCAAUCUGAUCUACAACUCCCGCCCAACGUCAAAGAAGAACGCCGUGACUGCUGAUAUGUUCUUCAUCAAAAAUAUUCUCGUACCACCGAACAAAUAUAGGCCUGCUUCUGUUCAGGGGCCAAACGAAAUCAUGGAGUCUCAACAAAACACGCCCUUUACACAGAUUCUCAAGAACUGUGACAUAAUUAACCAGAUCAGCAAGGAGAGGCAAAGUGGUGGUGCCGAUUCUGCGACGCGAGUACGAGAUUAUCGCGAUUUACUUCAAGCGAUUGUCUCGCUUCAGGACACAGUUAAUAGCCUCAUUGACAGGGAUCGAGGCGGUCUGUCUGGCCCAGCGGCAGCCCAGGCUGCGAACGGUAUCAAACAGAUACUGGAAAAGAAAGAGGGCUUGUUCAGGAAAAACAUGAUGGGGAAACGGGUGAACUUCGCUGCUCGAAGCGUCAUCUCGCCCGACCCUAACCUUGAGACGAAUGAAAUUGGUGUACCGCUUGUGUUUGCGAAGAAACUGACUUACCCAGAGCCUGUCACUAAUCACAACUUCUGGGAGAUGAAGCAAGCGGUCAUCAACGGUCCUGACAAGUAUCCUGGGGCUGCAGCGAUCGAGAACGAGUUGGGGCAGGUCGUGAGUCUUAAAUUUAAGUCUUUGGACGAGCGGACUGCUCUCGCCAACCAGUUAUUGGCUCCAUCCAACUGGAAAAUGAAGGGUUCGCGGAACAAAAAGGUUUACCGGCAUCUUACCACGGGCGAUGUUGUUCUCAUGAAUCGCCAGCCAACGUUGCAUAAACCGUCCAUAAUGGGCCACAAAGCGCGUGUUCUCCCGAAUGAAAGAACCAUUCGAAUGCACUACGCCAACUGUAACACGUACAACGCAGAUUUCGACGGUGACGAAAUGAACAUGCAUUUCCCUCAGAACGAGAUUGCCAGGGCAGAGGCCAUGAUGCUGGCUGACGCUGAUCACCAGUAUCUGGUCGCGACUUCAGGAAAACCUUUGAGAGGUUUGAUCCAAGACCAUAUCUCCAUGGGUACAUGGUUCACGAGUCGGGACACUUUCUUUGAUGAGGAAGACUAUCAUCAGCUCCUGUACAGCUGUCUGCGACCUGAAAAUUCUCAUACUGUUUCUGAAAGGAUCCAGCUUGUCGAGCCCGCCAUUAUUCGCCCGCGACGGCUUUGGACAGGCAAGCAAGUUAUCUCGACAAUUUUGAAGAACAUCACUCCUCCAGGUCGAGAAGGAUUGAAUCUCCAAGGGAAAUCCUCGACUCCAGGGGACAGAUGGGGACAAGGCAACGAAGAAGGAAACGUCAUCUUUAAAGACGGCGAGCUUCUUUGUGGUAUCCUCGAUAAGAAGCAGCUUGGUCCCACUGCCGGUGGUGUCAUCGAUGCAGUUCACGAAGUCUAUGGUCACACCAUUGCAGGGAAACUGAUCGGUAUUCUUGGACGACUUCUUACGAGAUUCCUCAACAUGCGGGCAUUUACCUGUGGAAUCGAUGAUCUUCGAUUGACCAAGGAAGGCGAUCGUCGGCGCAGAGAAAAACUUGCCGAGGCUGGUAAAAUUGGGCGUGAGGUGGCCCUGAAAUAUGUGACCCUCGAUCAGAAUCCGGUACCUGACCAGGAUGCUGAACUGCGACGCCGGUUGGAAGAUGUUUUGCGUGAUGAUGAAAAGCAGUCGGGCCUGGAUAGCGUCUCCAACGCUCGAACAGCAAAACUCACCUCUGAGAUCACUUCUGCUUGUCUCCCGAGUGGUCUCGCUAAGCAGUUCCCCUGGAACCAGAUGCAGUCGAUGACGAUAUCCGGAGCCAAGGGUUCAAGCGUCAAUGCCAAUUUGAUCUCUUGCAACCUGGGUCAGCAGGUUCUUGAGGGCCGACGUGUGCCGGUGAUGGUCAGUGGCAAGACGUUGCCUUCAUUUAGACCGUUUGAUACGCAUCCCAUGGCUGGAGGAUACGUGUGUGGUCGCUUCUUGACUGGUAUCAAACCUCAAGAAUAUUUCUUCCAUACUAUGGCCGGUCGAGAGGGUCUUAUUGAUACUGCCGUCAAGACAUCCAGAUCUGGAUACCUCCAGCGUUGCUUGAUCAAGGGAAUGGAAGGUCUGAAGGUUGAAUACGAUACUUCAGUCCGUGAGACCUCCGAUGGCUCUAUUAUACAAUUUCUCUACGGAGAAGACGGUCUGGACAUCACAAAACAGGUGCACCUCCGAGACUUUAGCUUCAUCGCCUCAAACUACGUCUCAAUCAUGGCUCAAGUCAACUUGACGACCGAUUACCAUAACUUGGAGAAGCCAGAGGUUGUUUCAUGGCACAAAGAGGCGAUGAAGAAAGUUAAGAAGACUGGAAAACUCGACGCUAUGGAUCCGGUUCUUGCUCGCUAUCAUCCUGGUGGAAACUUUGGAAGUGUUUCCGAGGCCUUUUCGCAGGCGCUGAAGAAGUACGAGGAGACGAAUCCCGAUAAACUACUGAAAGACAAGAAAGCGAACAUCGACGGAGUCCUGAGCAAGAAGGCAUUCGAAACUCUGAUGAACAUGAAAUACAUGAAUUCAGUUGUCGAUCCUGGAGAGGCUGUUGGCAUUGUUGCCAGCCAGUCUAUCGGAGAGCCCUCCACUCAGAUGACUCUGAACACCUUCCACUUGGCAGGACACUCGGCCAAGAACGUGACUCUUGGUAUUCCUCGAUUGCGAGAAAUUGUUAUGACCGCUAGCACAAACAUCAUGACUCCUACGAUGAAACUUAUUCUGAACGAAGAGAUUUCGGAAGAGGAAGGCGAGAGAUUCGCCAAAGGUAUCAGCAAAUUGAGCCUCGCAGAGGUUAUUGACAAGCUGAGGAUCAAAGAGCGUAUCUCUUCCGGCAACGGUCAUGCAAGGGCCAAGAUAUACGACAUUGAAAUCGAAUUUUUCCCGGCAGAAGAGUAUACUAAAGAAUACGCGAUCAAGAUCAAAGACGUUCUUAUCGCGCUGCAGACGAAGUUCAUACCCAAGCUUGUGAGACUCACAAAGGCAGAGCUCAAGAAACGCCAGGAUGAGAAGAUUCUCAAGAACUUCUCAGCAGCCCAGCCCGAAAUCGGCGUGUCUGUCGGCACGAUCGAGGAAGCUCCUCGGGGACCUGAACGUGAGGAACGAGAUGACGCCGCAGAUGAGGACAACGAAGACGAUGAGGAGGACGCGAAGAGGAGCAGGAGCGGCCUCAAUCGUUCCAAUCAAGUCUCGUACGAAGCGCCUGACGAGGAUGAGCAAGCUAUUAUCAGACGACAAGAGACUCCGGAGUCGGAAUCCGACGACGAGGACGAAGGAAAGUUUCAACGCCAGGGUGAUGUGGAGAUGUCUGAGGACUCGGAUGAUGAUGAGUUGGCCAAGAGGGAAGCGAAGGAUGCCAAGCUUCGCGAGGAGGACAUCAAGGGCAGAUACGGAGAAAUCACCCAGUUCAAGUUUGAUCCGAGGAAGGGAUCAUCGUGCUUCAUCCAGCUUCAAUACGACAUUUCCACCCCCAAGCUUCUUCUCCUUCCUCUUGUCGAAGAAGCCGCCCGAAGCGCUGUUAUCCAAUCCAUCCCCGGCCUGGGCGCGUGCACCUACGUCAAAGCCGACCCGGUGAAAGGCGAGCCCGCGUGCGUCGAAACCGAGGGUGUGAACCUGCUCGCGAUGCGCGACUACCAAGACAUCAUCAAGCCGCACUCGCUGCGGACGAACUCCAUCUACCACAUGCUGGUCUACUACGGCGUUGAGGCGGCCCGGGCCACGAUUGUGCGCGAGAUGGACGACGUCUUCAAGGGCCACAGCAUCUCGGUCGACAACCGCCAUCUCAACCUGAUCGGCGACGUCAUGACGCACAGCGGCGGCUUCCGCGCCUUCAACCGCAACGGCCUUGUCAAGGACGGAUCCUCGCCGCUGGCCAAGAUGAGUUUCGAGACCACGGUCGGGUUCCUGAAGGAGGCUGUGCUGGAGCGCGAUUGGGACAAUCUCAAGAGCCCCAGCAGCAGGAUUGUCGCGGGUCGUCUUAACACCGUCGGUACGGGUGGAUUCGACGUUCUUGCCCCAGUGGCCUAA